AGCCAAUAUGGCGACAAGAAAGCCUCUUCACAGUAGUCACAGCUUUGAUACGGAAUCUAGCGAAGGGGGAAGAGAAUUGUUCGAGGCUUGUAGAAAUGGUGACGUAACAAAAGUCAGAAGAAUAGUUAACAUCAAUUCCAAUGUAAAUCUCCGAGAUACAGCCGGCAGAAAGUCAUCUCCGCUACACUUUGCAGCAGGAUUUGGAAGAAAAGAAGUCGUGGAGUACUUGCUGCAACAUGGAGCUGAUGUGCAUGCUAAAGAUGAUGGAGGGUUGAUACCACUUCAUAAUGCCUGUUCAUUUGGUCAUGCGGAGGUGGUACGAUUACUUCUGCGACAUGGUGCUGAUCCUAAUUCAAGAGAUAACUGGAAUUAUACCCCUUUACAUGAGGCUGCUGUGAAAGGAAAAGUGGAUGUUUGUGUGGUUCUUCUGCAACAUGGUGCAGACCCUAACAUUCGAAAUACAGAUGGGAAGACAGCACUAGAUGUUGCUGAAGCAUCUGCCAAACUAGUUUUGACAGGGGAGUAUAAGAAGGAUGAGUUACUGGAGGCUGCAAGAAGUGGCAAUGAAGAGAAGCUCAUGUCUCUUCUUACCCCUCUGAAUGUUAAUUGCCAUGCAAGUGAUGGAAGGAAGUCAACUCCACUCCACCUAGCUGCUGGUUAUAACCGUGUCAGAGUUGUUCAGCUUUUGUUACAACAUGGAGCAGAUGUACAUGCCAAAGACAAAGGUGGUUUGGUGCCAUUACACAAUGCCUGCUCAUAUGGACAUUAUGAUGUCACUGAAUUAUUAAUAAAGCAUGGUGCAAGUGUUAAUGCCAUGGACUUGUGGCAGUUUACUCCUUUACAUGAGGCAGCUUCCAAAGCAAGGGUGGAAGUGUGUUCUUUGCUACUAGCUCAUGGUGCUGACCCCACAUUACUUAACUGUCACUCCAAGGCUGCUGUUGAUGCUGCUCCAACAAGAGAACUUCAGGAUAAGCUUUCUUUUGAAUUUAAGGGUCAUCAGCUUUUGGAAGCAGCCAAGUUAUGUGACUGUACGAAACUGAAGAAGCACAUCACCCCAGAGAUCAUUAACUUCCAGCACCCUCUUACUCUUGAGAGUUCUUUGCACCUUACGGUAGGUUCUGUUUGUCAAAAAAGGAAAGCUGCCAUUGAAUUACUGUUGAAGAAAGGAGCGGACACAAGCUUACAAAACAAAGACUCCUUGACACCUCUUCACAUUGCCUCAGAAAAGUCACAUCUUGAUGCUGUGGAACUAUUGAUGAAAAAUGGUGCUAAGGUCAAUACAGUAGAUGCUCUAGGAGAGACUCCUUUACAUCGUGCUGCAGCUGCUGGGCAGAUGUCAGUUUGCAGAGUCCUACUUACGCAUGGUGCAGACAUAGGAUUGCGAUCUUUUCAAGGCCAUACUGCAGCAGAAGUUGCCUCGGAACCUGUUCAAAAAAUUCUACAAGAGGAUCCACCUUCAACUGGUUCAGAUGUGGAGAAGCAAUUACUUGAGGCUGCAAAAUCAGGUGACAUGGAACUUGUAAAGAAACUGUGCACCCCACAAACUGUAAACUGUAGAGAUCUUGAAGGACGGCACAGCACUCCUCUUCAUUUUGCUGCUGGUUACAACAGAGUGGCAGUAGUGGAGUAUCUGCUACAGAAUAGAGCUGAUGUUCAUGCUAAAGACAAGGGAGGGCUGGUACCACUACAUAAUGCUUGUUCCUACGGCCACUAUGAAGUAGCUGAAUUACUUGUUAAGCAUGGUGCUGUUGUCAAUGUGGCUGAUCUCUGGAAGUUUACUCCACUUCAUGAAGCUUCCGCUAAAGGAAAAUUUGAGAUCUGCCGGCUUUUGCUGAAGCAUGGAGCUGAUCCUCUAAAGAAAACUCGCGAUGGUCAAACUCCCUUGGACCUUGUGAAAGAAGGAGACGCUGAUGUAGCAGACUUACUGAGAGGCGAUGCGGCUUUGCUUGAUGCAGCGAAGAAGGGAAACUUAACAAGGGUCAUGAAACUGUCCACGCCGGAAAAUAUCAACUGUAGAGAUACUCAGGGACGCAACUCGACUCCUCUGCAUCUUGCUGCUGGUUACAAUCAUUUUGAGGUUGCCGAGUAUCUGUUGGAGAAUGGAGCUGAUGUAAAUGCUCAGGAUAAGGGAGGGUUGAUACCAUUACACAACGCUUCUUCUUAUGGCCAUGUGGAUAUUGCGUCUCUUCUCAUAAAACAUAACACCGAUGUAAACGCCACUGACCGUUGGCUUUUUACUCCACUACACGAAGCCGCCCAGAAGGGAAGAACUCAGCUCUGUGCUUUACUGUUGGCUCAUGGUGCAGAUCCCACCAUGAAGAAUCAGGAAGCACAGACAGCUCUGGAUCUUGCCACAGCGGAGGAUGUAAAGUGUCUGUUGAGUGACGCUAUGAUGGCCCAUGUAAGUACCAGCCCCCCGAGUACCCCGGCCCCUACCACACCCUCAAACAGCAAUGCGUCCCCUUCACCCAAUACCAGCAACACCAGCAACACCAGCAACACCUCGCCACUGUCGCAGGCCAAUGCUAGCUUACUGGCUAAUAGUCCUGCAGGCUCAGGAGAUGGAGCCGUCAACAAGCGAUCCAUUGCCGAAGCUCAGGGAUGUGGAGCGACACGGAUUAUGAUACCAGGUCACCCUGGUUUGGAUCUUGAUGUUGGUGACUUCCUUGACAGCUUACAACUGAAUAACCUGAAGGAUAUAUUUGAAAAGGAGCAGAUUUCCUGGGAUGUGCUGGUUGAUAUGGGCCACGAGGAGCUGAAAGAGAUUGGUAUCCAUGCAUUUGGGCACAGGCAUAAAAUCCUUAAGGCGGUGAAGGAGAAACUGUCUGGACUACCAGAACUUGGCGGUGGUCCCUUCACCUAUUCCAACCAACAGGGAACUGUUUUUUACGAGUUGUCAGUGGAUGAUAAAGACUAUGUAUCAGUAGCGGAAGAGAUGCAGAGCACUGUAGUAAAACACAAGAAAGAUGGCGGACAAUCCGGAGGGGUCUUUGAUUCCUACCAUAUUUUAAGGAUUCAAAGGGUUAUAAACAAGCGUCUGUGGGAUAAGUACGUGUACAGGAGGAGAGAGGUUGCAGAAGCUAACCACAACCAUAGUAACGAGAGGAUGCUUUUUCAUGGGUCGGCAUUUAUACACGCUAUUCUGCAGAAAGGAUUUGACGAACGUCAUGCUUAUAUCGGAGGCAUGUUUGGCGCGGGUAUUUACUUUGCGGAAAAUUCUUCCAAAAGCAACCAGUAUGUAUAUGGUAUUGGUGGAGGAUCAGGCUGUGCUCUCCACAAGGACAAAUCUUGUUACCUAUGCGAAAGGCAGUUGCUGCUAUGUCGUGUGGCUCUUGGUAAGCCAUUCUACCAGUUCUCUGCCGUCAAGAUGGCACAUGCACCUCCAGGGCAUCACUCAGUGAUCGGUCGUCCGAGCUCGGAGGGACUCUCGUUCGCAGAAUAUGUUGUAUACAGAGGAGAACAGGCUUAUCCAGAAUACCUGAUCACUUAUAAGAUCGUCAAAUCCUCGGGUGCGGAAGGUGGCAGUUCUCCUGAAUGAAUUCAUCCUGUAAAUAAUUCCCGUUCAUCUUACAUUGUACUGGAAGUAGGUCGACAGCUAUUGUGGUGAUGAAAGAGAUGAAGAAAAGCGUGGGCUAUUCGCUCUCCAGAAGAAAAUGUCCACUGUGAUUUAAUCAAAGUUAUAAGUUAAUCAGAAAUUUUUACAUAAAUUUCCCAUAAAAACGAACGACGUGAUAUUAAAGACGUUCCUUAGUGCAUUUUUGUAAAUAAGACGAGUUUUUUUCGCGAUGUAUUCACGCUGUAUUGACAGGCUGUUGUGUAUCGACGUUUUGAAGAUCGAUCUUCAGUGCAUUCAUUGAAUAACUCCUCGCGAUUUUCAGAUUUAAAGGAGAGAACUGCAUGAUUUUGCGCUUUGUGAAAGCCAGUGAUCAACAGCUGGAAUUUGCAAAUCGUGAUACACUCGAGUAAAAAUGUGAACAAUUUCUCAAAAUUUCUCAGUAGAUAAUUAACAAGUACGAGUGACACUGAGCUGUUCAGAUUGUUGUAAGUUAAAAUGCAGCUGUAGGACUAGCAUCAAUGACUAAAAAAUAUUGUAAAUAUUUAAGAUAUGUUAAUAAAAGAGCGAUUUUUGUGUGA